CUUUUUCCUUAUUUGCCCGUAGACCACCCCCUCGCCACUCAGGCAGCUUUUCGAUACUUUUUGAUAUCCUAUGAAUGAACACCUUUAGAAUCGCAAGAGCGUAGAUUCAACAAAAGGAAGCCAAAUUCCUCGCGAUAACGUAUGCGCUCUAGCUAACAUUGUAGCGCAUCGCAUCAUAUAGCAUUUUUGCUGUUCUUCCUCUCUGGAUUCAGAAUACACGACUUUAAAAUGACAGCACGGCACCGAAAAGGGAAAAACAACCACAAAUUCGAGGAGAACUCUUUUAAACACGAAGCUUUGGAGGGAGAGUCGCGAGGAGGAAAUCACUACGCAUUAUUGUUUAUUUUAUUCCUAAUGAUCGUGAUCGGAGGGGGAACUGUCGCCUGGUUCUGCCUCCAGCAGCACCAGACCAUAACCUACUUGGCCGACAACCUCAUGGGGGUACAAAUGAAAAUGGUGAAGCUCCAGUCGUUCCAAGAAGAAAUUCGAAAGACAAACGAAAAGCUCCACAGCUCAGAGGGUAUGGAGCAGCGGCUGCAUGCCCUGGAGGAGUCCUACGUGCAGGCCCAGAAGCAGGUGGGCGUUGCUUUGGCCACGGCUGAGCAGUUGAAGACCUCGGACCUCCCCGCUCAGGUGCUGUCGCUGCACACGGAGAUGAAGGCCCGUCUGGAGGAGGUCCAGCAGUCGGCCGUCUCCACGGAGCAGCUGGCCCUCCUGCAGGGGGCGCUGCGGAGCCGCAGCGAGGAGUUUGAGGCCUUCAAGGCGGACGUGGCAGCGCUGGCUGGGGCCAACGCGGACCUGACCGUCACCGUGGAGGGGCUGACGGGCGGGCUGGCCACCGCCGAGUCUAAGCUGGAGGAGCAGGCCGGCCGGGUGGGUGCCCUGGCCUCACAGCUGGAAGGCCAGGUCGUGGAUCUGUUGAGCUUGAAGGAGGCCCUGGCCCUUCACACAGCCCAGCUCGAGGCCAGCUCAGAGGAGAUUGUGGCUGUGAAGGAGCUUCUGGAGGCGGAGGAGGCCCAGAAGGCCCAACUGGUGACUGUGGAGGAGCAGCUUAGCUCGGUUCGACACAGCCUGGAAGAGCAAAAUACAGUGGCCCAGAACCUGCAUUCAGAGCUGAAAGCACAGCUUCAUGCUAUCCAGAGCCAGGUCAAGCAGUUUGAUGGCUCUCCGACAGAGGAGGAGGCACAGCCAGAAGAGCAGGAGGAGCAGGCUGCUCCUGCUUUGGAGGAGGUGGCAUCGACUGAGCCAGUUCAGGAAGAGGUCACAGCUCCUGCCCCAGAGGAGGCCUCCUCCGAGCAGGCUGUGGAGGAGCUGUCAGAACUUACUCCGGAGGAGGUGCCAUCUGAUGAGCCAGUGGAGGAGGAACUGACUGCCGCUGUGCCAGAGGAGGUGCCAUCGGAACAGCCACUGGAGGAGGAGGUGGAGGAAUUGGUUGCUCCAGUGUUGGAGGAGGCACCAUCGGAACAGGCGCUGGAGGUGGAGGAGGAACUGUCUGCUCUUGUGCCUGAGGAGGUACCGUCAGAACAGCUGACGGAGGAGGAAGAGCCCCCAGCCUCUGUGCCGGAGGAGGCUCCUGAGGAGCAGAUUGUGGAGGAGGAGGAGGUGCCGGCAGCUGCUGAAGCAGAGGUGCUCACCCAGAGUGAGGUGCAGGAGGAGCAGGCUCUGCCACUUGAGGAGGAGGAGGGUUUGAGUGAGGAGGACCUUGUAGACUCCCAAGGAGCACCAGAGGAGGUGCAGGAGGAGGUUCAAGAGGAGUUGGCAGAGCAAGGGGAUGAUACUCUGGAGGAGGCUGGCCUGGAGGAGGAGGAACCGCUAGUGGAGGAUGACCAGUUCAUUGAUGAGGUCCUGGAGCAGACUGAAGGAGAUGAUUCCUUUGAACAAGAAUAGACUAAGAUGCUCAACCUCUUCAACCCUCCCAAAUCAUUGGAAUGAAUGGACGUAAAUUAAGAGACAUACAAGAUGCCAAUUCUUACAGUCGAGGUACCUUUUUUUGUUUUUUUGGAAAGGGAAAGCCAGUCACACUAACUCACACUUCUGUUUUCUAUGGUGCAAGUUUUACCUCAGCUGAAGGGAGUUCGGUUUCCAGAGCACAUCGGCAAGUUAAGGGGACACAUUCUGGACUCCUCGUGGCAUCCCUAACCUCAGAAGCCUUAAGCCUUUCUAAUAAACCUGUUGACUUUGCACAUUUUCCCCAAAAAUCGAAAUGGCUGUAUUGUUUUUGGGUUUUUUUUUUGGGGAGGGAGGGAUAUGUGGAUUACCAGUUUAACAGGGCAAAAAAAGGUGGGCGCUGAGCCAAAAUAAAAAUGCUCACAUUUCUUAUCUGUCUAACAGGAAUCAUGGGAAAAAUGUGGGAAAAUGGCACGAGACCAGAAUAUCAUUGUGUGCAUUUACAGUGUUUAAAAAGUACUUGGAAUAGAAUGGGGUAAGCUAUCAGCCCGCAUCAAAAAAUGGGCUCCAUCUGUGAAUUUCUGACACUUUCUUAUAAUCGUCCGCUAGACAAGCGUGAUGAGUAGCAAUUUAAGAUUUUUUUUUUUUUGUUAUUUCUUUUUAUUUUCUCUGUAGUAAGACAAACUGCACUGUAACUGCCAGGCAUGGGCGAAGUCCCAGCCUAACAUACACCUCAGAUCUUAGCCACCGGCUUUUUAAAUAAACUACGGUUCCUCCCUUUUUUGUACA